AUGGAGACCUUUGUCUUUUUAUUUUCGUUUUCUGCCCUGGGCGUUCUUUAUGCCAUGAACACCAUUCCUGAGUUUCAAGAGCCUUAUGUGAUUUUGGAGAUUGGUGUUGCUGUGCUGGUGGUUGUGUUCCUGUUCUACUUCCUCAUCACUCGUGGCAACCCACCUAAAGACGUCUUAUUCUUUGUUUUUGCUGAAUUUUCCUUCACUUGUAUCAUCGACCUGACAAGUGCCUUGGAAUAUGACGGCAUUAUCUCCGGAUUUAUGGAAUUCUACCAAAAGACAGGAGAGCCCUAUCUGGGGACAGCCUAUGCCAUCAUGAUGUGUUACUGGGAUGGAAUAGUUCACUUUGCUAUGUACCUGAUGAUGAUCAGCAGGAUAACAGACAGGAAAGCGUACCGUACCCUGGGUUUGUUCUGGGCUGGCUCUUUGUGUGCCAACAUGAGUGUGUUCAUCGCUGGGAUAGUGGCAGGUAAAUAUGGGUCAGAGAUCCGUCCAGCUUUCUGGCUCAACUUUCUCUUCCUUUUGAUGCCUGUGUGGGGAGCCAUCACAUUAUUCACCAGACCCAAGGACAGACCGCUAAUCGGUGGAUACAAUGCCCAGCACGCUCAGAGCAUGAAGCUGAUCUGGCGUCCCUUGGAUCUGAUCCUGGUGCUGCUACUGUUAGCUGCCAUGGCCUUCACCGCCCUCAGAGGACUGGUGGCUCUGGACUCUCCACUGGAGGCCUGUUCCACGUACCUGAAGCACUAUGAGCCGUACCUGAAGGAUCCUGUGGGCUACCCCAGAGUGAUGAUGCUACACUUGUUCUUCUAUGCACUGCCUCUGUUGGGUGCAUUUGUUUACGGACUCCUCAAGCCUGGAUGCUCAUGGAUGUCAGACUGGACCGUGUUCUUAGCCGGAGGCAUGAUCCAGUGCCAGUGGGCCCACAUCGGGGGGUCCCUCCACCCUCGCACCACAGCUCCAUUUCGCAUCCCAAAUGAUGCUUUCUGGUCUGUGCUGGCAGCUAACUUGCUCUAUGCAGUCACCCCCAUCCUGGUGGCCUUGCGGGUUCAAAGUAAUCCUUAUUUCUUCCUGAAGAUCGCUCCCUUUCCCGGGCAAACAGGUUUGCCAAACAGCGAGGAGAAAGAUACCAAGUACAAAGACAAAUAG